CAGUCUUAACUGUCUAUUCUAAGAAUAUAUCAGCUAUCGUAAAAUAGAAUUGUACGUACUAAAUAGAUACCUGGGUAACAUUAGACGAUGAAGAAGAUUGCGUUUGCCCAUGUCUAUGCGAGCCAGAGGCAGCUUCGACAUUUCCUCCAGAGAUGACGUCGGCAGUUCCUACAUUAAUAACCCCAAGUCCGGGUGUCUUAGUUCCUGUAUUAGUGUUAACUGCUACAGAAGGCAAGCAUGCCAUACACCUAUAUGUGACUGGGAAAGGAUCUAACCACCGCAAUUAGGAACACCACCACCACUCAUGACUUUAACUCCAGAACAAGAUACAAAGAAGAAGGACAUUAAAACUCCUACCAAGAUUGAUGGUACUCUCUUUUUCCCCUCUGGGUUUUUCUGGGUUCCUAUGAUAAAACCCCAGUUUCCUAAUAUUUUUCCUCCUAUCCCUUUGGAUGCUACUCCACCAAAUAUAAUACCAAAUAUUCCAAAGGUGACAGAUCCAAAGGAGACAAAGCCAAAGGAGACAGGCCCAAGGGAGACAGGCCCAAAGGAGACGAAUCCUAAGGAGACUAAUCCGAAGGAGACCAAACCUCCAGAGACGAAAAAGCCCUCAGAUGUCGCGGACAACACUAAGGGGCCACCUCUGACAAAAACACCAACGCAAAUCACAUCAACGCCGACAAAGAAUGAUUGUACCGAGUUAGAAACUCCCACAGCUACUGUCUUUAAAUCGUGGAGCCCAAUAAGAACCGGCGGCUGGAAGACCUUUUCUGAGACCCGACAGCAAAAAGUUGCAGCCGAUUCGUGUACAGCGAAAGCCGUUACUGUAUCAACUACUGUCCCUCCACCGAGUGUUACUCAUUUUGACCUCCUAUCGGGGUCUAUUGAAACGAUAACACUCCAAACUGACCUUUUUGGGGGGGUCGAUGCGGCUUUCGCGAUGUCGCGUAAGUACCUUAGCCAAUCCCUACCCCUUUUAGUAAAAACUAGAAAGCCAAACACGCUUCACGCUUCAUACUUCACCUCGUCACUGUUCGUUCCGGUAAACCGCUGACCGUUCAUAACAUAGUUGGAAGCAUGUUUGCUACCAUGACUGAUGACACUAAUGAAACGGCGAAUGCGACGAAGACGACACCAUCAUCAUCACAUAGCACAAGCACAAGACGCUGGACCACCUCCACGGAGGAGAGGAAA